AUGAGUAAUCAGCUGGUCGACUCAUGUUUAGCUCAGUCAGACCUCUCUCAAAAUAAUUCUUACCCAAAUGAUAUCGCGUAUUCAAACAACGGCCUUCAAGAAAGUCAUUCAUCUAGUUCAUCUGCUCAAUGUAGUGAAAAACCUGUAUUAGUUUCCCAAACAAAGAAACAUCAAACAACACAACAAGUCACAACUGUAACAAAAGUUGUUCGAGAAGUUCAUCAUAUGAUUCCUAAUGGUCAUUCAUUAGAUUACAUCCCGUACACAUUAGGAGUAUCAUCUUCGUCAACUUCAUCAACUCAACCAAAUAAUCCCGUUCAUAUGUCAGAAUCUGGACAUUAUAAUAAUGACUACCAAAAUUAUAAUCCAGGUUGUCAGGAUUAUGACCAUUAUGUUGGCGUACAUCCUGGACUUUCGUAUUACAGUUCCAACAAUAUACCUGGCCAGCAAGGUGCUAAAAUAGAUGGAAAUGCAUACCAUGUAUACGACACAGGAUCAUCCCCUAACCAACUGGGGCAUGAAUAUAAUGAAACGAUACCCACACCACCAAGCCCUAGUGCUUGCAGUGAAUCUCCUCCACCACAACAGCUCAUGGCUCAAGAAUACAUGAGAAAAGGAUUACCAUAUCCACCUUCUGGUUAUGAAGAACUUGAUGCAACUCAAUUGCAUCCAAACCAUGACCAUUAUCACCGAAUUACACCGUCACCUGGUGAUUGUUAUGAUCAAAUGAGUGGAUCAUGGAAUAUGGAUGAAUGUGGAGAUCAAAUGGCACAAGGUCUUAGAUGGAGGGAUCCUAAUUUGCCCGAAGUUAUAACAUUCCUGGCUAACCCAAAUAAUUUAAUUAAAGCAAAUGCUGCUGCUUAUUUACAACAUUUAUGUUAUAUGGAUGAUCCAAAUAAACAAAAAACUAGAACAUUAGGUGGAAUACAGGCUUUGGCAAAGCUCUUAAACCAUGAUUGUCCAGAUGUUUACAGAAAUGCAUGUGGAGCCCUUAGAAAUUUAUCAUAUGGAAGACAAAAUGAUGAAAAUAAACGAGCCAUUAAAGAUGCUGGUGGAAUACCAUUAUUAAUCAAUUUACUGCAUAAAUCAGCUGAUGCAGAAGUUAAAGAACUCGUUACAGGGGUUUUAUGGAACUUAUCAUCAUGCGAAGAUUUGAAAAAAUCAAUUAUUGAUGAUGGUCUUUCUACUAUUGUGAAUCAUAUUUUACUACCUCAUUCAGGGUGGAGUCCUACUGCUUGUAGUGAUAUUUGUUGGUCUACUGUAUUUAGAAAUACUUCUGGAGUAUUGAGGAAUAUAAGUUCAGCUGGUGAAUAUGCACGAAAAAAGUUGCGUGAAUGUGAACAUUUAAUUGAUUCACUUCUUUAUGUAAUUUCAACUGCUAUUGAAAAGUCAAAUAUUGGAAAUAAGAGUGUUGAAAAUUGUGUAUGCAUAUUAAGAAACUUAUCAUAUAGGUGUCAAGAAGUUGAAGAUCCAAAUUAUGAUAAACACCCUUUACCAACUCAAAGUAGAGUUGGUCCUCAGCCAAAAGCAGAAAACUUAGGUUGUUUCGGAGCUAGUAAAAAGAAAAAAGAUAUCCAAGUGGUUUCACCCAAAGAAAACACUAGCAGUCGUAUAAUUCCUAGAUCAGAACCGGCUAAAGGAAUGGAACUUUUGUGGCAACCAGAAGUGGUUCAAUCAUACCUAGCGCUGCUACAGAGUUGUUCAAAUCCAGAAACUCUUGAAGCUGCUGCAGGUGCAAUCCAAAAUUUAGCUGCUUGUUAUUGGCAACCUAGUAUUGAAAUUAGAGCUGCUGUUCGGAAAGAAAAAGGUCUCCCUAUUCUUGUAGAGCUCUUACGAAUGGAAGUUGAUCGUGUAGUAUGUGCUGUUGCCACAGCUUUAAGGAAUUUGGCUAUUGAUCAAAGAAAUAAAGAACUUAUUGGUAAGUAUGCAAUGAGGGACUUAGUGCAAAAGUUACCGUCAGGGAAUGCUCAACACGAUCAAGGAACUUCAGAUGAUACUAUAGCAGCAGUGUUGGCUACACUGAACGAAGUCAUUAAGAAAAAUGCUGAAUUUGCUAGGUCAUUACUGGACUCAAGUGGAGUGGAAAGAUUAAUGAAUAUAAUCAGACAGCGCCAAAAAUAUACAUCUAGAGUUUUGAAAUUUGCCAGCCAAGUUUUGUUUGCUAUGUGGCAGCAUCAAGAGUUGAGAGAUGCAUACAAAAAGCACGGUUGGAGAGAACAAGACUUUGUUACAAAAACUAUUGCAGCUAGAAAUGCAGCGGGUGGAGUGAACUCACCAAAUAAUGCAAAUAGUACUCUUAAUCGCCCUAUGGCAAGUCAAGGUGGGACUCGGUAUGAAGAUCGAACGAUACAAAGGCAAAAUCCAAACGUUUCACAGAUGAAUCAUUCACUAUCAAACUCUAACACAAAUUCUACUUAUCAGGCUAAUGAAGAUAUUCCAUUAGCUGAUAUGCCAUACCCCGAAGUGUCUAAUCAUACCCCUCCAGCUGGUGGAGUAUUAAUAUAUCCUCCUGGACAUCCAUUAAGACCAGGUGAACCACUUUAUGCUCAAGUUAACCGCGAGAAAAAGAAGAAUAAACAAUAUGACCCAUCGUGUUCAAUGGGUGAAAUGUGGAAUUAUAAUGAACAGGCCCAACCAAAAGUAUCAUCUGUUGAUGUCUCAACUGCCCAAGGUGGUGAUUCCUGGGUAUAA